AUUUAAGAGAAGGAAUGAUGGUCAUUAUGUCUGCCCAUCGGAGAAGUCGUUUUCUUUUGUCAAUGGCUUCUCCAAUGGCACCGUCAAUAAUGAUAUCAUUGAAAUCCCUUAUUGUUUUUCUUCUUCCCAUGUCAUUUGUUUGCACCGUCUCAUCAAAAUCGCCUUUUGCAAAACAUAUUCCCGACAAGAAUGCCGUUUUAAAAUUUAAUACCAAUUUUUUCCAGAAUAAUGCCGAGGUUCCUGAUGUAUUUCAGAAACCAGAUUUUGAUAUGGAUUACUCUGCGUCAUAUUGGGAAGUCACAAAAGAGUUUGUGGGUGUUUCGGCCAUGCAUAUGCAGCUUAUGAUAAAUAAUAAGGUUGUUUUUUAUGAUACCACAAAUCUUGGUCCUUCUGCGCUCAGGCACAAUCCGGAAUGGUGCAGAAAACUCCCUAAUGGUCGUACUGAUUGUUGGGCUCAUGGUAUAAUCUUUGAUCCUAACAGUGGUGAUGUUAGGACGCUCAAGGGGGUUUGUCGACCUCCGGAAAACUAAUAAGUACAGGAGGCUCAGAUGAAGGUAGUAGAAGCAUUAGGAUUCUUGAACCAUGUGACACUUGUGAUUUUCAUGAAGGUGGAACUGGACUUUCCACGUUCAGAUGGUAUGCUUCUCAACAAAUGCUUGAAAAUGGUGACAUAAUACUUGUUGGAGGAAGAGGGGCCCACAACUAUGAAAUUUUCCCGCCGGAUCAACUGAAGUUCCCAAUUCAACAAUUCGGGCUUCCCUUCCUCAUGGAAACCACUGACGGCUAUCUCGAGAACAACUUGUAUCCCUUCGUCUACCUUCUCCCGGAUGGUACAGUCUUCGUUUUUGCCAACGACCGCUCCGUCAUCAUCAACCCUCGUACCGGCGAGGUGGUCCGGGAGCUCCCAAAACUUCUCGGCGGCUCCCGAAAUUACCCUGCUUCCGGUCAAUCCGCGCUUCUUCCACUGAAACUCACCUCCAACACCAACGAUGGAGAUUUUGUAAAGGCAGAGGUGUUGGUUUGCGGCGGGAAUUCCCAUGACGCUUUCCGAUAUACAGAGAAAGCGCCGAGGAAGUUCCCACCGGCGUUGAAGGAUUGCGGCAGGAUUGUCGCGAAUCAGGAAGGGGCAGAAUGGGAUAUAGAAGAGAUGCCAUCAGGGAGGGUCAUGGGGGAUAUGUUAAUCUUGCCCACGGGGGAUCUCCUCCUAAUCAAUGGAGCAAAAGCGGGGACCUCGGCGUGGGAUGCGGCUGAGGAACCGAAUUUCACACCGGUGCUAUAUAGCCCGGAGAAACCAAAGUGGCAGAGGUUCAACAAAUUGAAGCCGUCGCAAAUUCCCAGAAUGUACCAUUCCUCUUCGGCGGUUUUGCCAGAUGGAAAAGUUUUAGUGGCGGGGAGCAACACACACGCCACAUACGAUUUCAAAGCCAAGUACCCAACAGAAAUGAGGGUCGAGAAAUUCUCGCCGCCGUACUUAGCCGCUGAGAUGGCCCAAUUCCGACCGCAGAUCAUGGAAGAGUUCUCCGACAAGCAAUUGAUUUAUGGGCAAAAUUUCAAGGUCUACAUCAAUUUGACUGCUGAGGUGGUUAUGGGUGAUAUAAAGGUUACCAUGUAUCCACCGCCAUUCACAACUCACGGCUUCUCUCAAGGCCAGAGAAUGCUGAUUUUGGGGCUCAACGAAGUAACGAAUACAGUGAUUUCCGUUGUGGCUCCGCCCUCCGGGAAGUUGGCUCCUCCAGGGUACUACUUGAUCUUCGUGGUGCACCGUGGAGUACCGAGCAAGGGAAUGUGGGUGCAAAUUCAAUAGCACAUUUUAUUUGGAAAGUUUGUGUGAUCAAUUGUAAAUUGUACCAUUCAAUAACAAACUAACAUAAAUUUUCUCUAAUAGUUUAUAAAUCUUCUGUUUCACAUAGGCAUUUUGGAGUGCAUUUAAUAAACAAGGAAACAAUGGUGAAGACCAG